AGAAGCGAAACAAAGAAAAGGUUUUUCUUCUUCUUCUUCUGAGGAAAAUAAAAUCCUUUUUUUCUCCCGCAAAAAAAUCUCCACCCUCUUCAAAACCAGAUCGAAAUUUAACGGAAUCUGCUCGCGAUUCAGGGUUCAGAAGACGAUUUCACACAGUCAUUAGAGAUUUUGCGAUUUUGAGAUUUCCGCGAGGUCAUUGGUGUUGAUGACGGCGUUGAUUUGUACUGAAAGUGUUCGAUUUCGCGGUAUUGGAGAUCUUUGAUUUGUGGAUUUGUGUUUGAUUUUUGGAUUUUUUGAGGGUUUUUUUGGGCUGGAUUUUGAAAAUUUUGUAUGUGGAUUGAAGUGAAAUUGGAGAGAUUUUGGAAUUUGUGAGAAUUCGAGAGAUUAGAUGGAGAAAGUUGAUGGUGGAAAAGAUUUCCCGCCAGAAAAAGUAGAAUCGGAGACGACGAAGACGCAUACAGAAGGAGGGAAUACUGUAAAUGGAACGACUGUAUUGAAGAAGCUUGCUAGACAACUAGAUUUUACUGCUCUUUCGUCGUCUUCUUCUUCUACUAGUAAUUCAUCAACAACACCAACACCAAAAACUACAUCUACUACGACUCCGGUUGCUAUUUUGCCUAAACCUCAUCCUCAACAGCAACAGCAGCAGCAGCAGAAUCAGAUUCCACAGCCAAAAGGUCCGUCAAUACAACCGCGGCCGCAAACGCCAUUACCGGUACCACACGUGAAAUCGUCACUGUCUUCUUCUCCUGCUGUUCCUCCUGCAAAGUCACUGUCUUCUUCUCCUUUUGUUGUUCCUCCUCCACCACCACCUCCUUUGGUUGCUCGUCCUACGUUAUUACCAGUAAAGACAGAAUCCCCAGGUGCUCGACCACGGGCUAAUGCUGAAGUGAAAGAUGGUACUCCGAAGAAGCCAAAGCAAUGCAAUUGCAAGAAUUCACGGUGCUUGAAAUUGUAUUGUGAGUGCUUUGCUUCAGGAGUUUACUGUGAUGGCUGCAACUGCACAAAUUGUUGUAACAAUGUUGAGAAUGAGGCUUCCAGGCAAGAGGCUGUGGAAGCUACUUUAGAGCGUAAUCCGAAUGCAUUCCGGCCAAAGAUUGCUAGUAGUCCUCAUGGGGUUCAUGACAUUAAGGAGGAGAAGGGUGACGUCUCAUUGAUCGUAAAGCACAACAAGGGAUGCCAUUGCAAGAAAUCAGGAUGUCUUAAGAAGUAUUGUGAAUGCUUCCAAGCCAACAUUCUCUGUUCUGAAAAUUGUAAAUGCAUGGACUGCAAGAAUUACGAUGGUAGUGAAGAGAGACGAGCUCUCUUCCACGAGGAUCAUAAUAAUCAGAGUAAUGCCCUAUACAUGCAGCAGGUAGCUGCCAAUGCUGCAAUAUUUGGGGCCAUUGGAACGUCUGGCUAUGGAGCGGGAGCCUAUGGAUCUCCUCCUAUAUCCAAGAAAAGAAAACUUCAUGAAAACUUCUUUCCUGCAACAGCAAAGGAUUCACCUCACAGGCUUGCUCAGACUUCUCAGGCUAAUCAUCUCAGACCUUCUUCAACCUUUUCUACCUCUUCCUCAAGUCCAGGUGUACGUGCUGUUAAUCCUGCUCAAACGGGCUCAUCAAAACCCACAUACCGGUCUCUAUUAGCGGAUGUUCUCCAACCACAGCAAAUUAAAGACAUCUGCAAAAUUCUGGUUGUAGUAGCAAAUUCAGUUCCCAAGCCGCGUACCACCGAUAAAAGAGCUAUUGUUGAAAACCAAGCAGAGAGCCAAGAGAAUACAGGAAGCAUUGUUGCUCCAUCAUCUAGACAAAGUAUGUCCGUUGAAGCUGGCAUUCAAGAAACUUCGAAAGAUGAUCCUUCAAGUGGAAACCUGUCUGAAAACAUAUGCAUGGAUGACCCCGGAUCAGAUGGUUCUGAUUUGCAGAAAGAAAGGCCAAUGUCCCCUGGAACACGAGCAUUGAUGUGUGAUGAACAAGAUACGAUGUUCAUGGCAGCUGCAUCACCAAAUGGAAGGUUGGGCAAUGGUGGCAGUAAACCUCUUCCUUCGGCAUAUGGACCCGAAACAACAGGUUUAUACGCAGAGCAAGAAAGGCGAGUUUUGACGGCAUUCCGUGAUUCUCUGCAAAAUCUUGUUCAGCGUGGUACCAUCAAAGAAACGAAUUAUUCUUCACUGACCACCAGAACUGAACCACCAGGGAGUCAAAUGAUACAACCCAUUGGUAAUGGCACUGUAAGACCACUUCAUCCAGCUAGCACUACUGGGUUAUCUCAGCCACUCUCUGCUCCGAAUAACAAUGUAUCUCUUAAGGUAGGGCAUCCUAACGAAAAUGGGGAAAUAAGACCAAAGGUAGAAAAGCAGAUGUAAAAAGGUAGUUAGAGCACAUAAAAAAAGAGGGGGUUAAUCCCUCCAAAGCAUAUGGCUUCAUCUCUGUAAUAGUCGGUUAUAAUUUAAUCCUAUUGUCUUUGGUGCAGUUGUAUAGAUAUAUGUUUUUGACGCCGAUUGACAAAAACAUGUUGAUUGUGAAGAAUUUUUCACAAUCGCAUCCAUUUUUCCCUUACUAAUAUGAUUAACAUGUUUAUUUCA